AUGACAGAUUCCAAUCAAGAUUAUCACAGUCCUCCUUAUGGAGAAGAUGAUUCAAUUGAUGAGGAUGAGGAAGACUUGAUCAUUGAACAAUUUCUAGCCUCUGAAGAAAUUCUCUCUGAAGCAGACAUUUACAUGGAGAAUGAUAAGGAAGUUGAAUUUCUUCUAGAGCAAUGUCAAUACAUUCAACCAUCUCUCAACAAGCCUUUGGAAAAUGAGGAGUUUGGAAACAUGUCAAGUCAAUUGGAUCCAUCCAACCUUGGUGCAUCUUUUGGUACUGCUGCUGCUGCUACUGAUAGUGCUAAUGCCAACAAGGCUUAUAGUAGACGAAUCAUCAAUAGUAGUGAUUAUUAUGAAGCUUAUCAACAACUUCAAGCUAAUAGCAAGGCUAUGGAAGUAUGGAAUCCUCCACUUGAAUUGCCUCCUCCUAUUGACGAAAACCAUACUGCUCUUAUUCUCAACUCAAAGGAUGAUUCUAGAAAGGAAGUUUUAUUCGAGGCUUUGUUUAAUCACAUUCCCUCCAAUGAAAUCAUGCAUCAAUUCGUCAAGUAUAUAGGUGCAGAACAAGUCUUGCAAGAUUUAUUCUCUGUAAUUGCUAUCAAUUCUCUCAAUGAUCCUUCUCUCUUACCAAAACUGGUCGAGCAAAUCAAUUCCUUAGAGAAGAAGAGAAAUACACAAGACAGUCUAAUUUCUCAAGAUUUAGAGAAACUUAUUCUUGGAUACAAUAGAAGAGGUGGAACAUCAAUUAUUAGAGGUCGUAGAAGAGAAGAAUAUCAGCAAAUGAUGGAUGAAGCAGCACCCUCACUCGAAGGACUAGUUGGCGAAGAAUUAAUGAAAAGGAGAAAUGAAAUCUUUCAAAAAAUUAAAAAUGAAGUGUCAAUCAGUGAGAGAACAAGGAGAACCUUUAUGACUGGUGUUAAGAAUUACUUGGCAUACUGUAUAGACAAUAAUGUACAGCCUUUUAUUGCAACUGAAAAUCCCAAAUACAAAGGUAUUGUCAAUGAGAUAGCCUUCAACUCAUGGGCUCUAUUUCUUACAGAACCAAUUAAUGGAAAGAUUUACAAAUUCAAUACAGUUCUAGGCUAUGCCAGAGGACUUCGAAGAUGGUGCGAUAGAAAUGGAUAUCAAAAUUGUCUUCUCCCUAAAACCACAGAGUCUCUAGACCUCGCAAAAGCAGUUUCUAACAUUGUUAAUACUGAGGAAAUAAGGGCUGCCAUUAUCAUACCAUAUGAAAUUUUUAGAAUGGUACUAUCUCUGCCACCAACAGAAACUGGUUUAAGACUCAGAGCAAGACUUCUCAUUCAAUACUUGACAGGGUCUCGACCUUUUUCUAUUGAUUGCGUCAAAAUCAAGAACCUUACCAUUAGACAUGUCAUUAACCCAACCAAGAAUACAAUAGAAUCAUUCUCACUCGAUAUUUUCUAUGAACAUGACAAGACAACUGAAGAGUGUUAUAGAACUCAAAGACUCUACUCUUUCCCUGUUCUUAGAUAUUGUCCAAUACUCAUGCUUUUAGAAUAUUUGGCUUUGAGAGGAAUUUUCAAAAGUGGUAACUUGGAGUCAUGUUUGAAAAAUUGUGACUUUUCUAUUAAGGAAGAAUGUUUGGAAAUGCAUUUAUUCUCCUCUAUUGGAAAUGGUUUUGUACCUCACAAUUUGAGUCAAUUUGCUAAAGAAAUUACCAAUUCUAGAUUAUUUGUUGGAAUUCAGCAACAUAUUGUUCCUUAUAGUAUGAGAAGAUCUGGAGCUACAUGGGCUGCUGUGCAAAUCAUGAUCCAACACCAAAGUUUAAAGGUUGACGAGUUUGAAUUAAUCAUUCGUUGGUAUGGAUGGAAGUUAACACCAGGUAACAAUGUCUAUCGUCGUUAU